AUGGCUGGUCCAUCAAGAUCCAGUUCACGAAAGCCAAAAGAACCAAAGAGGGCGUCGUCUUUGGAUAAACCUGCACAGACGAUCCACAAACCAAAUCAUCGUUUCGAUGCUAGCCAGCGCAAUAAAGACAACUCACAGCGAAGUAAAUCGCUAAAGGAAACUCGUGAUCGUAAUAGCAAAUCAGUAUCAUUGAGCCAUAACUCAAAACACAAGGAGGUAGCGGCUAAAAGCAAGAGUUUGAGAGAUCCUCGUGCUUCAUCACUGGAGAAGAAUCGUUCAUUUCACGUCCUUUCGCUCGCUAAAUGCACUACAGAAGUUCCAUUCGAAUCAAAAACUGGACAAGACGUAUCGGGAAAGGUUAUCACGGCUAAGGCGUUGAUGGACACGAACAUCCCUCUUGGACCACAAAUUACAUCACUGCCACAUCUCCGCGGUUUAUGGGUGUCAGCUGGACGUUCGAUUGCGCGUAAACGCCUAUUGAUUGUCAUGCGAUCGGUUGAGAGAAUGGAUCGUGUACAUGGAGAAAAGUGGAUGUCGACCGAAAUCGUUAAUGGAUGGUCUAUAUCCGACCGAAAGCUAUUGCCGUUAGUGAUACAGAAAUUUCCGUUUAGCAACAACCCUCCUAUCACAAAGCUUGGUCGUCAUCAAGCCCAAUUGGUGAUGCGCGCUAUCAUGCUACGUGGUUUGAGGCCAAAAAAGAUUAUUUGUAGCCCGGCUUUACGUUGCGUUCAAACUGCUUGUGCAAUGGCUAACUACGCUAAGGGCAUAGGUGCAAAAGUUUGCAUCGAGCCUGGACUUUUUGAGCCUUUCGGAUGGUACCGAGGGAAUGGGAUGCAAAUUCUACCUCCUUCGAAAUUGUCGACUUUUGUCGACCUCGGAUACCCGAUUGAUCAGGAUUACAUGCCAAUUGUGCGUGACACAUAUUUUGCACGUAAUGAGACGGAGUUGGAGGCUCGUCAACGAAUCGAUCUUGUGCUUAGAAAUCUUGGUCUGUCAUAUUUGGAAGGUCCUUUGUUGAUUGUGGGUCAUGCCGUUACACUUCAUACUGCGUUUUUGAUGGGUAGGUGUCAGCCACCCGAAGAUCCAGACGAUCCAAAUUACAACGAGCUUGAUGUCACCUCUACGGAUGAGCAAUGGGAUUCGAUCUCCGAAGAUGAAGCACUGAACACGACCGAGCUUGGAAUCCGUUACCCUCCUGGAUGUGUGGUGACUGUUGCUCGAGAAGCUGACGGACCACCAGCCAUUUAUCAAUUGAUCUCCGGAAUCAUUCCUCCGUUUACUUUUGGUCAGCAAUUUUCAAAUAAGCCCGUUCAUCCGAUUGUU